GCUUUGUUGCGCUUGCCGUACUAGUUUCUAACCCAGCAUGGGCAUUUUGUUUUGGAAAAAUGGCUCCAACUUCUGAAAGACACAGCGUCUGCCGUGCUUGGGCAUUUCAAAACGGCGCGUGAGAAGCUCGAACAACCACAACUUCUGAAAGACACAGCUUCUACCGUCCUCAGCUAUUUCAAAACGGCGGGCGUCCUUUGCUAUGACAAGCUCGAACAGCCACAACUUCUGAAAAACACAGCGUCUGCCGUCGUUAGGUAUUUUAAAACGGUGUCAUUUGCUGUGAGACGCUCGAACAGCCACAACUUCUGAAACAGCGUCUGCCGUCGUUAGGUAUUUCAAAAUGGAAGCUCGAACAGCCAGUAUAAGUAAUUCCUUUGCUGCUCAUUUCCAAGAACUUGAUCAUAUUUUGGCUGACUUAAGCAAAUUUGAGCAAUUAAUCUCUCAGAUAAGUUCAAACAAGGAUAAGUUUCGAUUUCUCUUUACUUUGCUUAAAGAGUCACGUGUGGAUUCACUAUGUUUAGGUCUCUGCAAACUUAUCUACUACGAGCCUUACACUUAUCUGCAAGUUACAUCGUGCUUCAAUGAAAUUUUCAAUUCUCCUUGCUUUUUUUUCACCUCAGAAAGCACAAUUAAAAAAAUGAAAGAUACCCUUUUAGUUUUCUUUGAAAGCCAUGUGUCAGAUCCUUUUCAAAACCAUGUGUCAAAUUCAAGUGCUAUAAUCUUCAAAACGGUUUCUGAGUUCUAUACUACUGGCCAAUGGCCAGAGUUAUUGAAUAUUAUGUUCCAGUAUAUGAAGCGUGUAGAGUGCCGUCAAGAGAAUGUAUUGAUGCUUUUUAAAAACAUAGCUGAGAAGGGAAAUUCUGGAAGGAUAAUUUCUCAUUUACCUACUUUCAGGUCCAUCUUUUCUGAGCAUAUGGGUAGGCAUAUGAAUUUAAAUAUUAACAGUGAUACAAAUUUGAGGAUUACUGCAAUGUCUGCUUCCAUUAGUUUGAUCGAAUUUGUUUUAACUGAGGAUACAGUUAAAGACUUUCAAUGCUUAUUACGAUUGAUGAUGAAGAUUUUAACUGAUGGAGUGAAUUUUGGAUUAGACUCAAUGGCUGAGGAUUGUUUAGAAUUGUUAAUCAAAUUAGCUAGGAUAAACCCCAACUUUUUUGAGGGCCAGUUAGGAAAAGUUUUACAAUUGAUGUUGAAGAUAUCAAUUGAAGAUAGGGGUGAUAUCAGCCAUUCAGCAAUUGAAUUUUUGAUGUCAUUGGCAGAGAAGGCUCCAGAUAUGAUAAGAAAAGAGACCCAAUUUGUAAAGAGGCUGUUUGAGGAGUUGAUUUAUUGGUUAUCCCAUAUUAAGGAUGAUGAUGGCAGACUUUGGGAGUACACAAAUUCUUUGUUUGGAAAAGAUUGUUUAAGGAGGUUGUGUAUUUUGUUGGAUGACUCGAUUUUCCAAUGGAUUUUGCGCCUGUUGUCAUAUUUGUGGCGUAGUUCUAAAUGGGAGGAGCGACAUGCUUGUCUCAUUGCUAUUCCAAUAAUUAGCAAGGGCUAUUUGAAGAUGAAGCAAGAAAAUUUUGAAGAGUUAGUCACAAUGGUUUUGGAGUCAUGUCAUGAUUCACAUCCCCAAGUUAAAUUUGCUGCUAUUAACUCUAUUAAAGAGUUGUUUGUGUGCUUGGAUCUGUUUUUGGAAUAUCGAUGUGAGGAUAUAGUUGUGUUGACAUUACUUGAUUUCCUGAAUGACUUCCAAAAUUAUCAACUUCAGGAGCGUGCAGCUUCGGUAGUCCUUAAUUUCAGUGAAGAUGGUACCCUUAACAUCAUAGCUCCAUGGCUGGAUAGGAUCGUGACUGGAGUUUUUAUACUUUUUCAGAGUGAGUGGCAAAUGGUGCAGGAGGGUGCUUUGAUAACUUUGCUAUCAGUUACUCAUGCACUUUGGGAGCACUGGCAGAGGCAUUGCCCGGGGCCAUACCCGAAGAAAUUCUUGAAUCGAUUAGAGGGGCUUGUCCGGGCACAUUAUAAUGAUGUGAUGCCUCAGUUGCAAGCUAUCUUGGUGGAUGCAAUUAAUCAAUCUAAACACAUGCUUCGUGCCAAAGCUAUGGAGUUUAUUCUUUUGAGUGGAUUGGCUGUUAGGGAGGUUGGACAGAUUACGGGAAUCUUGAUGUCAUUGGAAGGAUUUCAAAUGGAGUUGGAUGAUUUACUAUUGGGCCUCAUGUUACAAGUUUGGGUGAAACUUUUCAAUCGCCUUCAGCAGGAUUUUCUUCCUUACCUGAGUUCUUUCAUUCCCUUUUUGCUUCAAUUUGUUCAGCUUAAGCCUGAUAUAAGCACUACGUCUUCUGAUGAAGAAAGGAUAUGGAUCUGGGAUUUGAAAGUUGGGGCUUGCGAAAUGUUAGUUGAUUUUGCUCACUGUUUCAAUGAAGAAUUCUUCCCAUGGAUCGAUCAGGUUACUACUACUUUAGUUCCCCUUCUUAAAUUUUAUGUCCACAAAGGAGUUAGGGCAGCAGCUUUUGCAGCCAUGCUGAGUCUGUUACGUUUAGCUGGCAAGAAGGGGCAAUCUCAAGGUCAUAAUAUUACAUAUUUAAAACAGUUAAUUGAUGACAUAAUGCCAGCUUUGCUGGAGGCUUUACACAAGGAGCUUCAGGUAGAAAUUUGUGUGAGGAUGCUGAAUUCAUUGAAUGAAUGCAUACAGAUUGCUGGACCAUUUCUUGAUAAGGGCCGAGUAAGGUGCAUCUUUGAUGUGAUUAAACAGGUGAUCAGAGGUAGCUCAGCUGGUAUACAGGAAAGCGCAGGAAGGGCUAACGCAGAAGGCUUUGAUGCAGAAAAAGGAAAAAAAGUUGUGGGACAUACUGACUUUGACGCAGAAAAAGAAAAAAAAGUUUUGGGACAUACUGACUUUGAUGCAGAAAAAGGAAAACAAGUUUUGGGUCCAGUUGGUAACUUGUUGGGCACUUUGAUCAUAACAUUCAAGGCAUCCUUCUUGCCUUUCUUCCAGGAGCUUACAUCUUAUGUAAUACCUAUGUGGAGCAUUGUCAUAAGGCAGCUCUUAAGUAUUAUGACACAUAUCUUCCUUUCUUAUUGGAAGCUUGCAAUGAUGAAAAUCCUGCUGUUCGUCAGGCAGCGAUUAAUGGGGUUGGUGUUUGUGCGGAGUUUGGAGGAUCUGUAUUCAAACCUUACAUUCCAGAGGCCUUCUCGAGGCUGGAUGCUGUUAUUAGACAUCCUUCAGAAAAUGAUAUUGCUUAUGAGAAAGCUGUUUCAGCUCUUAGGACAAUACGCAAAUUUCAUGGGGAUAGUGUAGAUGCAGAUCAGGAAUCAUUUGUACAAUCGCUUUGAAAUAUAUCUUGCUCAUGUUUGAUGCCUUGAUCCAACUUCCAUCUGCUGAGUCUGCGAACAGCCGAAAGCUCCAACACUAGAUUUGUAAACAGUGAUUUUCAGCUUAGUGGUUUUUUUUUUUCUUUUGUUUAUUUUAUUUUAUUUUCUUUCUUUUUAUUUUUAGCUACCAUUGAGCCCAAAAACCGACUAAGAUCCAAGUCAAAUAAAAAAAAUAAAAAAAAAAUAAAAAAUACAACAAAAAAAAUCGAUAUCAUCUAUAACAUAACAUAGCCUAUAACUAUCUAUUAAAAAAGGUUCCAAUGGGAUGCCCAAGAAUCGAAAUCUGGCCCUUCGUUGGUUUAACAUAUGGCGUGUUGAAGCGGGGGGUUUGGUAAUGUGUUUUGGGGUAGGGUUUGCUUGGGUAGGUUGCAUGUCUGAUGCUUUUAGACUUCUCCUUGGUUCGGCUUGCGAGGGAGGCAUGCUUAAUCAUUUUUUUUUAUGUAUUUUCUUUCCUCUAUUUCUAGACCCACAUGAGGCUUUUGGU